AUGUAUACUGAAGCGAUGCGCGAUGGUAUUGUCUCUACAGGAUAUUUACUCCAUGACAGUCCUCAUAUGACACAAGUGCAGCUUUUUGAUAUAGACUCUGCACCAGCUCAUGAAACACGACGCACACAAAACUCGGGUGGUCAAAUAUCUACUAUGACUACAACAGUUCAGAAGGUUCAUGGUGUCACCUGUCACAUGUCAUGUCCAUACAAGUAUGAUAAAUAA